CAGGCAGCCAGCAACCAGCGCGUCUCUGCCUACCAAUAGGCAUGCUCCGCUCAGGCUCUGUGCAGUGCUCUCAGUCUCAGCAGCUGAAGCUGGGCGCAGGGGAACUGCAACGGCGGCGCCAAGCAUCUUCCCAGUGAUGGCCUCUGCUGAGCAGCCGUGCUCCAGCUUCCACCAGCAGCACUGCGCAUAAGGCAACACACCCACCUUUGCCCUCCUGCCCAGAAGUGAGAGAGACACCACCAUGUACAGCGUGGAGGACCUUCUCAUUUCGCACGGAUAUAAAUUGCCGAAGAGCGACCCUCCGUCUGCCACGCCUUUUGACAAGCGCCCUGCUGAUUGCCAGCGUGAACUUGUGGACAACAGGGCUGGCCGUGGGACGCUGAACGGGUAUGAGGCAGACCGGGGGGCAUCUAUCACUGGCAUCUAUGGCAGCAGGCAGGCACUGGUGAAGGGCUACCCCAGCAUAGACAUCGAGAGUGGGGAUAGGAACCAAAGGAGAAAAGAAAUCGGCAUCGGUAUCCUAGGUGACACUCAGCCCUUGGGUGAUUCUCUUGCUACAGAUAGUGGGUUCUACGAUGUUCCCAGUUUGACUUAUUCAGAGCCGCUGAGCCAUGACGAUAGGGAUGUUUCCUACUGGCGGAGGCGAGGUCAGGACUUCAGCAUCCUUCUGGACUAUGCUGAUGGCAGGGAGCUGAGGGCCUCUGCUGGAGCGUGGAGGCCACAGGCCCUGAUCACAGCAGAGGAAUACAGGGCAGAGAGGCAAGCGCAGCAGCUAUGGGAGGACAUUUCCUGGCUAAGGGACCCAGAUGCAGGACCUGGUCAGUUGAGAGUGACUGGGGAGAGGAAGUGCCAGAGCCUUGGAACAGAGGAAUGGAGGCCUGCUGUGGGCCUGGGAAGGCAGCUGUCAGAUGGGGAUGGGGAACGGUGGGCUCAGGACCACUACUACCGACUGAGGACACCGGAGGGUUUUUUUCACCCUAGAACUAAAGCAAAGUCUCAGUCUCUUCCCAGAGUUUUGUCACCUGAUGGACGUGACAGCAGAGAGCUCAUUCCAUCAAGGCCUAGUCUACCUGAUAGACAGAGGAUAAGCAGCACUGUCUUCUCUGGGCCAUACAGUAGGUACAUCUAUGGUGGCGGCCGGGACCGGUGGGGUAGGAGUAUUGGGCCAAGCAGCCAUGUUGCACUUUUACCAAAGCCCAGGUUCAGCAGGCCUUUAAAGCCUCCAUCAUACGAGAUUCACCAGCAGACUAGGGGUAGCGCAGAAAUGCUUGCUAUUGACCAGGGUGUCAAACAAAAAGACAGGCCUAUCUAUUAUCCAAGGGGUGGGGACCUAAGACAAGACUAUUUCGCACAACACUCUGCCAUCACUGGAAUGGAGCCUCCUGGCUACAUCCCACCCCCAUCUUAUAGAAGAGCCCUACCCCCAAGAGCAGUUUCAGUUAACCGCAAUGAAAUGGCAAACUUAAGAUGGAGGGCAGAAGCUUUGCAGAUGCCAAGCUCAGAUCCCGGAAGGUGGUUUUACAGACAGGCAAGUAGUUCCUGGCUGGAACCUUAUGGAGAACGUAGUGCGUCCUAUCGAAAACAGGUACUUUCUUCUGGACAUGAAGAACAACCAGGUCAUGCCCGACAGUUACCCACUGAAGACUCAAGAGCAAAACAAAUCUCAGGAGGGCCUGGCGGAAAUUCUCUAACAGAUAUAGACAAGAUGCGCAACAUCAACAAAGAGAUUCCGUCCGCUAAGAUUUUAGGACAAUCUACACAUGAUAGUGCCUUUCCUCCCCAACAGGGGCCAGCUCUCAAUACCGAAACCCGAAAAACAGCUCCCGGUGACAGCGACAGCAGUAAUCGAUGGCCCAACAGGGGAAUAAAAAAAAGUGACAGUGUAGCUUCUGAGCAAACCCGUACUCCAUUUUUACCUUCAUCCAUUCUGGGUAAACCACCGCCACCUCCAUGUAAGCCGGCUGACCAGGGUGUAUCUGAAACUGUGACAGAAGUAAAAAAGGCAGAGCAACCUGAACCACCGGAGAAAGACAAAACCAAGAAUCUUAAAAAGAGGCUUAGUGAAACAAUUUUUUGUUUGGUGUCUGUCCCUGUUACUCCGCAGCUCACUGGGACAAUUCGUGAUCAGAAUAAUAACAACGAGAAGUCGCCAGACCCAGCUGACAGUCCCAGUGGCAACAAAACUGGCCAUUUAACAAACCAAAGUCUCCAAAGCACAUCUUCAGCUGAAGCUGAGCUGCAAGCACUAACUGGUAGCAUAGCGAGCAGCAAAACGAGCAGUAGAGCAAGCAGCAAAAUGUUUAAAAAACUACCCUGUAGACCCCCUAAAAUAAAUCAUUACAAGGAGCUGAAGCUGUCAGGAUCCUGGCCUGCAAACCAGUAUCGAGACCAGGAGACACAAACUAGCCCAGAGGCCCGAAAAGCUGGCCCUGAAAACAAGGAAGCACAACAAGACCCUGUUCCUCCUGGCACCGAAGUAACCCCUGAUAGCGGCGGAGUAGUGGGCACUGCCUUCAGUUUUCCCAUAAAGGGAGUGAAGAGCCUAAAACUUUCAAGCAACAGCGCCUUCUCCCUGACCUCCACCUUCUCCAACCAGCUGAACAAGAGCACAGCUCAGCAGCCAGCAGUACCACCCUCAGGAAAUGUGGAGGAGAUCAAACCAGCAGCAAACACAGGACAGGAGAAAUUUGAACCGUUCCUUUUGAAACCGGCCACCCAGCGACCAUGGGAUGCAGUCAAAGAGCUGGAGACCAUUAAAAAAGAAGUCCAGGAUCAGCAGCAGCAACAGAGCAGCAAACAGCCCAGUGUUGACAAGUGCAUUGAGGACCUUAACGAGGCCUACAAAGACAUCUUGGAGCUAGGUACUGCCAGCAAUAAAGUCCCAAACGGUUCCGUCCAGAUUCCUGAGCGUAUCAAAAUCCGACUGACAUCAGAACCUCUCAACAAGCCCAGCAGCCUUAGGCGCAGUGCAGUAAGCUGGUCUGUUGACCCAGAAUACAGGGAAGUGAAGAGCGCCUUCUCCAGGCCUGCAACAAAGUCGGUAACCUUCAGCAAGCAGCUUAGGGAGGAGCUCCCGGUGCCACCUCGGGAGACGGGCUUCAGAGAAUACAGGGUUGUUGCGCAUCUUUCACGCAGAAGGAGCAACGAUGGCAGGACAGUAAAAUUAGACCUGCCAGAUGAACCUAUCGAAACACCUCUUUGUGACUUUAGUCCAACAACGCACACCACAGCAGCUGAGGUGCCAUGGGCAGACAGACAGCCCAUGCAGGAUGCCUCUACACUCACUAGUCCUCCAGAUUAUGAAGACAUAUGCCAGACUUUGCGUCAGUCUAGAGACCCAUCGGAUGCCAGUAAAGCAUCCGCAGGCCAUUCCAGACCUAAUGACACAGAGACUCUUCAAGAUCUCAGUGCUGAAUCAGAGGAGGAGUGUCCUAUUUGUAAACGAGAGCUUGAGAAUCAGAUGAGACAGGGUCCAUUGCCUCCACUUCACGAGGAGAACAGCUCAGACAGCUCGGCCAAUCAAAAUGGCAGUCCGCCACAAUGCACUGCAUUAGAAAGUCCAGCAGAAGAUACAAAAAUAGAGGAGCCAAAUGCAUCAUGUUCAAAUCAGUCAGGGUCUGAAGUGUGUGCUGAAAAAACAGAGCAGCAUUCACUGACACAGGAGAAUGUGGGAGAGGGUGAAAAAACAGACAAUGCUCAGGCAGAAAACUUGGACAAUUUAUGCAUAGUUAAUCCUGCUGAGAGCAUACCAGUGGAUGGAGCCACAGAGGAUCUCUCCUCUGCAGCCACAGUAUUAGCAGCUGAUCAGCCUACAGACCCCCAAGUCACAGAGGAACAGAGUGUUAAUGAAACAGCAACUGAGGAAGAAAAAUCAGAAGAUAAAGAAGCCACUGCAGGAGAAACACCUGAAGGCAGUGCAGGCAAACAGACAGCUGAAGUGAAAACUGAGGAACAAGACAAUGCAACGCCAGUUGACAAGCAGGAGCAAGAGAAGAAGCCAUUUGCUCUCCCAGAGCAUAGACUUGGUCUACGGACUCAUCUAGGGCGAGACCUCCCUGGGUUACCUGAGUUUCCGCCUGAUAGACUGCCACUUUCCGUUCCCCCGAACCUAGACCGCAGACUAUCUCUUAGCUUGGAGGGUGAGCGGAGGAGCAAGGGCCCCUCACAGCGAAUUGAAGCAUUGCAGAACAAACUGGCUAUUUCUCCAGGUCGGGUGGCAGUUGAGCGACUCGCCCGGAUGAGAGAUGUGGAUGUUAUGUAUCGUGUGAGGCGCUUAAGCAUCAGGAGUACUGACUCUGGGGAAGGGGAGACAGAGGCAGAAGGGGAGGGCAAGGAAGAACAAGCAGAGGAGUUCGACCCUGCUCCUCAUAUGGACAAAGACAACGAGCAAGAGGUCCCCAACUCACAGGAGAGCCCCGAGACAGUGUUGCAAGAUGAACAGGAGUCACCUCUCUCAGAACCCCAAUGAUCCCAGCCGAGGGGAGACAGUGUAGAAAGACUGCGUCCACCAUCUCCAUCUGAGGUUUUUAGCUCCAACACUGUGACCUGGCUGCCUACUAGAAUGCCUUCAUCUCAUCUUGACACUGAAAUUGCCUUCUUGUCCGACAAGAGCAUUGUGUACACCCUCACCCUCGGCGCUGCGUUGACUACUAAGAGUGCUGUUCCACUGCCAAAGGGAGGUGCCUCUUUAACUUGUGGGGCAACUUCCACCCAGAAUCCCACCCCAGCCUUCCCAAACUGACUACCCACUACCCCAUCGGUCCUCCAUCCCCAACCCCAUCCUCUUAUAGGGUUUCUACUAGUUAGUCUUGUAGCGGCUUGUCCUUUCUAUUCUAUCCUCCCUAUGCUUUUCUCAUUGGCAGACAUUAUGCAAUUCUGUCGUGCAUACUAGAAUUUCUGAAAAUGUCCGCAGCGAAAACAUUUUUCGCAUACCUGAACGUUUCUGUUUGUUUACGGGCGAGUUGUUGAGGAUUAUGAAUGUAAGUGUUUAUGUUUAACCUAAUGUAGACAUAGAGGGGUUUAUUGUCACAAACAUGUUCUGUUGCAUUUAAACUACACCAAAAUAACCUGCGUAUUUGAUUGUGGUAAGGCGACAGCUGUUUUAGAACUGGACAUCACUGUCUUUGGCUAAAGAACUGUUUUGAUUUUCAGAUGAGAUAAAUCAGCCUUUCUUUUUAAAAAAACAAAAAAAAACAACUGAAUGACAUUGUGCCCUUUCUCAUUGCUUUUGUACACACUGCAACCAUAACUCUGCAACCAUAGCUCUUCAGUGAAGAGUGACUCUAUACCACAUGGCAUGACAGAUCAGUAAACUAUAAGAUAACAUUGGCCCUACUUUAGAGGG